GCCGCCGCCAGGAAGGAUGCGCUGCCCGCUUCCCGGAGACGAAACCAGAUUUAAAAAAUAUUAAAAAGAAAAAAACGGAUUUUUAAACAUUUUUUUUUAGGGAAGGUAGUUUUUCAUGGAAGACAUAGUGGAAAGACACCGACUCAGCAAGAGGAUUGCGUUCAGAGUGUGAAAGUGUGGGAGUGUGUGUCAGUCAGAGUGUGUCCCUCGGACUCAGACCCACUCCAGUGAUGUAAAAACGUGAAGGUGGAUUUUGGCAUGUGGAGGAGCAGGUAAAAGCUUUCCCUGAAACUGCUUGGAGCCCUGCUGCCAUAGAAAACUUCAGGGCUUGUUCGUGAUGGUGCUCUUUAUGGACAAGAAGCUGUGCCAUGACAGAGGGCAACGUGGGUAAAAGAGACAUGCGACACCCAGCCCUGAACCACUGCCACCUCUUCCUGGGCGGGGCCUUGCUGCUUCUCAUGGCGAGCCCGGUUCUGAGCUGCCCCGCCCGAUGUGAGUGCUCUGCCCAAAGCAAGUCGGUUAGUUGCCACCGGAAGCGCCUCCCCACCAUCCCUGAAGGCAUCCCCAUUGAGACGCGUGUUCUGGACCUCAGUAAGAACAAGCUGCGUAUCAUAACGCCAGACAACUUCUCUUCAUUCCAGCAGCUGGAGGACUUGGACCUUAGCGACAACCUUAUCAGUGUCGUCGAGCCAGGCUCAUUUCGUUCACAGCUUGCUCUCCGCUCGCUCAACUUUCGCAGUAACUUGAUUCAGCUGGUUCCUGCUGGCGUGCUGUCAGGCCUAACCAACCUUACCCGCCUUGACCUCAGCCACAACCGACUGGUGGUUCUUCUUGAUCAUGCUUUCCAAGAUUUGCGCAGGUUGACGUCCCUAGAGGUGGGUGACAACGAACUGGUCUUCAUCUCUCAGCGGGCCUUUACAGGAUUACUUGGAAUCGAAAGUCUGACCCUGGAACGUUCCAAUCUGACCGUGGUUCCUACUGAUGCUCUGGCACAUCUGCACAGCCUGGUUGAACUGCGCAUGCGCUACUUGAGCAUUAGCUUUCUGAAGUCUUUCUCCUUUAAGAGGUUAUCCCGUCUCCGCCGACUAGAGAUUGAUUACUGGCCCUGGCUGGACACACUGCCUCCCCUUUCACUGCAUGGCCUCAACCUCACAAUGUUGUUCAUAACCAACACUAACCUGUCUGCCUUCCCAGGCGCAGCACUGCGCAACCUGCCCUACCUCACACAUCUCAACUUGUCCUACUGCCGCAUCCAACACAUUCAUCACGGAGAGCUGGGCCCACUACCACACUUGGUGGAACUCCACCUCCAAGGGUCUCAGCUGAUUUCUAUUGAGCCCUUUGCAUUUGUGGGCCUAAAAUCUUUGCAACUUCUGGAUGUGUCGCAGAACCGCCUGGACUCUCUGGAGAGUGGAGUGUUUGCCUCACCAGACAGCCUCCAGAGGCUCUGUCUGGGUGGAAACCCAUUAAUGUGCGACUGCAGAUUGCUUUGGCUGCUCAACAGCCAUAAGCCCCCCUCUCUGCAGAUUAUGGAUGUGCAGCCAGAGUGCAGCGGCCCUGAGCACCUCCUGGGGAAACCGCUCCGUGACCUCAAGGAGCCUCUGGUCUCCAGAUACAUGACCUGCACCAAACCACGGAUUGGACCCAACACGACCCAGCUGCUGAUGGUUGAUGAAGGUCAUCCCGCUCGCCUGAGCUGCAUGGCAGAGGGAGCGCCUCGGCCCUCAGUCGUAUGGAUUACACCUCACAGACGCUACAUCACAACCAAGAGCAUUGGCAGGGUGGAAGUCCAACCAGAUGGUACCCUGGAGAUCAAGACAGCGGAGCUGCACGACAGCGGGAUGUACUUGUGCAUCGCCAGUAACCCUGCUGGCAAUGCUAGCCUGUCGGCCUCUUUAGCUGUGAAGAGCCUGGGCCUUGGGGACAGAUUUCACUAUACCAACAGGAGCUCAAACUAUCUGACAGACUCAAACAGCACAUGGGGGAAUGGGACAGUACUGUACAACAUGACUGUCCCUAUAGACAUUAAGACUAUCAUUAUAUCUACAGCCAUGGGCUGCCUGUCCUUCCUAGGUGUGGUCAUCUUCUGCUUCCUGAUUUUGUUCAUCUGGAGCAGAGGGAAAGGACGUCAUAAGAGCAACUUUGAUAUUGAGUAUGUCCCUCGCAAAUCCAACGGGGCAUCAGCAGACGUGACAGAAACAAGUGGCCCACGACGGGUCAACAUGAAAAUGAUUUAAAAAUGAGGCAAAAUGACGCAUACGAGGGCACUACAAAGUGCACACAUAUCAGAUGAAAAAAAUAAGUUUUUCUAUGACACAGUGGAUUUGUGACAAACGAAAGUGAAGUAUUAAUAUAGUGGGUGUCGAUAUGACAGUGAUCUAGUGAUAAAGUGGGCAUGUGAAUAUAAAAGUGAUAUAUGAAACUGUGGACGUGUUUAUAUGAAAUAAUGUUCUCAUACAGUACAUUGAAUAUAAUACUAUAACCAACAUAUCAAUAUGGGAGUGAUAUAGUGCUGCACUAGGCAUGUGUUUCAGUGGUGAUGUGAUGAGUAAUGAUGUUGUCGACUCACCGUGACAUCAAGGUGAAGAAGGGGCCGCUGGGAGUGACGGGACAUCUUGGCGUGGCAAUCAUGUCAGGACUAAAUCGUCUAAUACCCAUCUUAGCUGCAGUAUGAAAGGUGUGUGUUCUGUUCAUGUAUGCGCGUGUGAGUGUAUGUGUGAGGGCAUCAGUGUGCGCAUGUUGCAUUUGUGCGUUUCUUUGUGCAUGUGCACGCAUUGCCUUUCUCGUUGGACAGACCAAUGAAAAAGAAUGAUAGGGUCCAAAGCAUUUUUCCAGGCCUUUGUUCUUGUUCGGUCAUUGUAACAACAGUAUUGUCACUGUUGAGUAAAUCAGAGGAUUAUCUAUGUUUGUAUGCAAAAAUCACAAUUAUUGUAUUGAAGAGAAAUGCUGCGUACAUUUUGAAAUAGGUCAUUGUCCCCCUUGGAAUGACUUGGAUUUGUAUUAACUCAAGGAAAUGUUAAACACACACACAGUAGUUACAAUGUGAAGUCUGAGCUUUGUCUUUACCAUAGAGUUCACUUACCAGCAACACUAGACACUGUUCCUGAGAAAUAGCAGUGGUCAGUGUUGUUAUCACUCUGGAAAAGCUUCCAGCUACAGAAAUGGGAUGUUAAACCCAUUUUAUAACAUAAUAAAUCAUGGGCAGAUUUUCCUGCCAGGAAAAUCCCUUGAUAUAAUAUAAGAGUUGGUGGCCAGACACAAUGGCAAAGAUUUAGUGGCCGGUGCCCUCUUUGAGACAAGACAAAGUUGAGCUUCACAGAUUUAUGGGUUGAAUUUCCCCUCUCUCACAUUUUUCUUUGAUCGCAGCACCUCAAGCUAGCGUGGCCAGAUUCUUCCCUAGGGCACCAUGGGGUUCUGGGUAUUUAAUAGAUGGCAAUUUGAAAGUUGUAGUGGAAUCUUGUAUUGUUUAGUUUUUUUGUUGAAAAUGUUUUAAAUGUAAAAAAAAAAACUUUUAAAAAACAGUAAAACCAAUUAAGGGCAAUUCUUUGUAAUGCAGGGAUGUGGGUGUUAACUUGUGUGAUCCUGUUGUGAUAAAUUGUUCAAGGUUGUAUAAUUGUUUUCAUAUGGCAAAUUUAUGGGUAUAUUUUCAAAAGGAAAUAAAUCUUAAUCAUACCCCUAAACUGACUUUACAGUGAUGUUAACAUAUUUCAUUUGAAAUCCUUUCCUAUACUGUAAAUCCUUUUCCCCUAAAUUUAUAUUACCCAUAAUAUUUUAAAACUCUCAUAUAACCCAUGAUAUUUUUCUGUCACUGAGUAUUGUAUUGAUCUACAGUCAUGACUUUUUCCCAGCUUUUUAUUUGCUAUUAUAUCAUGUCAUAUAGUAAACAUUCUGUUGUAACUACUCAACAUGUAUGUCCUUUUUACUCAUAUGAUCAGUAAAAUAUUAUAGGGACAAUGGGAUUUAUAUAUUACUGUAUCCUUCUUUGGCUUGUUUAACAGCUCUGUCUGCGUCUCCUUUCCAGAUGUUGUCUACCAGUUGGCUGUUACAGGUGUUCAUGCACUAGUCAGGCUGGAACACUGUAUUCAUUACACACUCACAUCAGGAACAGCGUACAUAACCAAACAUGGUGAAUAAGAUAGGGUGACACAACAAUAAAAACAUAGCGUCUGGGCAUUAUUGGCUGAUGCCUUCAAUGUAGCCACUGAUGUCCACACUG